AUGAAUUUCGGAAAUUUCUUUCGCAAUCUUUCACAAGAUAAAGAGGCAAGUAACGCUAGCGGAAGCGGUUUAUUCGCAGCCCCGGGUCGUCUUCUAGAAUCGGUUACUGCGAAAACGGGAAGUCUUGUCUCAGAUCUUAGCCACAAAGUUGAUUUGGCCAAAAAAAUUGAUACGCUAAAGAAAUACUCGUCUAUGGAUAAAUUUGGCCAGUCUGUCUUGGGAACAGCGUUCCAGACGAACCAGUCAAAUGAUCCAACAAACAAACCCACAGAAGGAGAAACACAGCUAGCACAACCUCUCUGUCAGGAACAACGACAACAAAACUAUAGAAACAAACAAUCAAUAGACCAGAUUUACAGCGACCAACCACCAACGCAAUCUGGCCUUCAGAAUCGACUUUUAAACGAGCAACGGGACUACAAAGGCUCCCUAGAGCAGCCAAGCUACACUGGUGAAUUACCGACUAAUCAAAAUCAACAACCAGAACAGGAUAUAUUUAAAAGUCCCCAAAACAUUCUGCACCCACAAGAAGAGCCCACAUAUGGUUAUCAGAACAAGGCACACGAACAGACAGACAAUCAAAUUCGUUCGCCAAAACAAUCAAGCUGUGUGGACUAUCCACGAUUUCAAGAGGAUGAUGGUUUUUUGACUCAGCAGCCUCGAGAAAAGACUUGGGCACUGGAAAAAGAGAAGCCAAUGGAGGAGCCACCUUUUAGUGGUCAGGAAUACCGAUAUAAGUCAACUUUUGAAACACCCCCUCAGCCAAGCUUGAAAACAUUUGGCGAUUUGCGGAAAUUUGGAAUUGAAGAGGACAUGGAAAGAAUGUCUUUUGAUGAGCAAAUAACUGAUCGCCAUAAAAACCCCUUCAACUGCGAGACCUCUUUCGAUGCAACUAAUGCAAGAAAAAGCACCGCUCCAAUAAUGCGACAAAGCACAACUCCUGGAGCUCGUCCACCUAGACCACCACCACCUCGGUCCCGAUCAGGCCUGAGCUCAGGCAGCAUCGAGGAAUCACCGUCGGCAACUCCAAAGGAAGCAGCAACAUCUCCGACCCCGACGUCACCUUGCGGUUCUUUUCAAAAGACCCUAUCGUUUGGAGAAGAAACGGAAGAGGGCGUGACCAAAAAGUCAUCAACUAGUGAAAUUGGCUACCUAACCCGCCUUCAGUGCCAGGAGAUCGUCUCAGCUGUAGAUAACAUGAUUGCUGAUGCCAUAGAAGAGGCUCCUCAGUACCACCGAUACGAACCUAUGAAACAGGCCGACUCAUACGAAUCUAGCUCUCGAGUGGAGGAAAUGUGCGGCACGUCAACACCAAGUGACACCGUGUUUGAUUCACACAGAACAUCGGAGGUGAAGAAUGAAUACUUUGCUGGAGAUUCAGAGGUCAGUUCUGUGUCUACUUAUGGGGCUAGUGUAACGGGAUCGGCGACCCAGAGAGCAGACGAGAAUAAGUUUAAGACAAUGGGGAGCACUGACGACUCCUGGGGGAGACAGGAUACCCCAGGUGGUUAUGAUGAUGGAGACGCAAAGUCAGCCAAGCAUUCGGUAGAUUUUGCAAAAACCGCCAUAUCGGCAGAGGAUGUCUCAAGGAAAUUCAUAAGAGACUACGUUCAAGGCAUGAUUGCUGGGAAGUAA